AUGGGAGCUGGAGCAAGUAAACCCUCUGCCUCCGCAGAGCCAGCAACAUGUCCUGUUGACCACAAAACCCGCGAGAUCUGGUUACAACAGAAUAAGAACACACCUCAUCCUGGGACUCCCGCUGUCCCUGCCGAAGAACAACCGCGCGCCAAAUCACAACGACCACUGUCAACAGACCGCGAAGUGAGCAGUAUUCCUCGAGCCGGCGAUUUCAGCGCAGCAAGCACCUGCCCCGAAGCCAGCAAAGGCGCCCCGUCCCCAUACGCCGCGUCGCACGGUACCCCAUCCAACGCCGAAACCGAGACUGGUCGCGAUGAAGCUACCGGAAACUGGAUCUAUCCGUCCGAGAAGCAAUUCUUCGAAGCUUUGAUGCGCAAGGGUAACACCCCCGGAUCGACAUCCUCGCCCUCCGAGCUCGCCACUUCUGUAGCUUCCAUCAUUCCAAUUCACAAUGCGGUCAACGAGCGCGCAUGGGCUCAGAUCCUCGAGUGGGAGAAGAACGGCCCCUCAACAGACCCAGGUAGCAAGAAGUGCGGAGGGCCUAAAUUAUAUUCGUUCCGAGGACUAGGUGUCGAUCCACAGUAUCUGAGUCCGCGUGCGCGGCUUAAUGGGUGGCUCGGCUACCAACACCCAUUUGAUCGACAUGACUGGGUUGUGGAACGCUGUGGUGGUGAGAAGGUUGAAUAUGUUAUCGAUUUUUAUCAGGGCAAGCCGUCGGCAGGCAAUGGAAACAACCCAGCAGGUCUGGCUGCCAAUUCCAACCCUGGGAAGCUCAGUUUCUAUUUGGAUGUUCGACCCAAGCUGAACAGUUAUGAAGGCUGGAGGCUGAGGUUCAGCCGCUUCACGGGCCUAUAA